AUGAGCUUCUCCAACCACUUCUCGGUCAGAAACGUCCCGUACGGGAUUGCGACCAGCAGCAGCCACCCACAGAAAGCAGUCGUCACGCGGGUCCACGAUCAUGUUUUCUUCUUGAGCGACCUGCCCAUUCAGGCCUCGGAACAGGUCAGGCAGGCGUUUGCGCAGACAACUCUCAAUGCUCUCGCAAGCAUCCCAAAGGACAAGCUGCGAGAGCUGCGGUCAAGCCUCCAGAAGGUGCUCACCGACGAGCAGGCCGCAACAAAGUAUGGCGUGCCAGUGGAGCAGGUUCAAUUGCACUUGCCCAUCGAGGUGAGAGGCUUUACCGACUUCUCUUGCUCUAAGCAGCACCUUUUGAAUGCAGGCGAAGCGUCAACCGGUCAGAGGAUGCUGCCUCCUGCGUCGGUGCAUUACCCCAUCGGAUACGGCGGAAGGGCUUCUUCUGUAAGGGUCUCGGGUACCCCCGUGGUCAGGCCUUAUGGGGUGUACCAACAGGACGGCGGUGAGGGCAUCACCUUCGGACCAUCGCAGGGUCUCGACUUUGAGCUGGAGAUGGCAGCAGUCAUAGGCAAGCCGUCCAAAUUCGGGGAGAGGGUGGCCGUCAAGGAUGCCGACGCCCACAUCUUCGGCUUGGUCUUGCUGAAUGACUGGAGUUCAAGGGAUGUGCAGAAGCUGGAGAUGAUGCCACUGGGGCCGAACAACUCCAAGAGCUUCCAUACAAGCAUAUCACCAUGGAUCGUCACCCUCGAGGCAUUGGAGCCUUUCGAGGCGCCACCACCGCCCAGGGAGACUCCUGUACCCGCAUUCCUCCAGGAUCCAAAGGAGAAAUCGAGCUAUGACAUCUCCCUUGUCGUGGAUGUUAUAAGGAACGGAGUAUCGACUACGGUGUGUAAGGCGCAGCUGGGCUGGAUGUAUUGGACGUUCCGUGACCUCGUCGCGCAGCAAACAAUCAACGGCUGUAAUGUGAACACUGGUGACCUGCUGGCGACGGGGACGGUGUCGGGUACAGAGGACCAUGAGCACGGCUGUCUGUUGGAGACAACAAUGGGUGGGAAGAAGAGCAUCAAGCUCAGCGAUGGCCAAGACCUGGUCUGGCUGCAGGAUGGCGAUGAAGCCAGGCUGACGGGCUUCUGCGGCGACGGUGUUGGGUUUGGAGACGUCACUGGCGUCAUCACCCCCGCUACACCAUUUGAGGCCUGA